AUGUCUCAAAGCAGUGUUAAAAGAACAGCGAUUGGUAUUGAUCUUGGAACAACAUAUUCAUGCGCUGCUGCUUGGUUUCGCCAAAAAAACCGGGUAGAGAUCAUACCUAAUGAGCAGGGAAAUCAUGUCACUCCGUCUUUCGUAGCUGUCAAUGAUACCGAGAUCGUGGUAGGGGAGGGUGCAAAACUCCAAAUCAUUAGGAAAGCUACCAACACAAUCUUUGAUGUCAAGCGUAUGAUCGGGAAAAGGUUUCAAGAUCCUCAACUGCAGAAGGAUUUAGAGGCAUGGCCUUUUAAGAUCAUUGAAGGCCCUAGGGCGAAGCCAAAUGUUGUUGUCGAGUUUGAGGGCAAAAAAAAAACAUUUGCACCAGAAGAAUUAUCUGCCAUGGUGCUCAAAAAGAUUAAAGAAGUUGCUGAGAAGUUUCUUGGAACAGAGGUGACAGAUGCGGUGAUCACUGUUCCAGCUUAUUUUAACAACCAGCAACGCGAGGCAACAAAGGAAGCGGGGAAACUAGCAGGUCUUAAUGUGCUGCGUUUGAUUAAUGAGCCUACCGCUGCGGCAGUUGCAUAUGGGGUGGACAAUAUGGGUGACACAGAAUGGAACAAGGACAAGAAUGUUUUGGUUUUUGAUUUAGGUGGUGGAACCUUUGAUGUAUCUCUUUUGACAGUCAGUAAAAAGGGUGGCAUUGUGGUAAAAGCUGUUGGUGGCGACACUCAUUUAGGUGGUGAUGAAUUUGAUACCGCGCUCCUUAAUCACUGCAUAGAAGAAUUUCAAAAAAUGAAUGAACACGACAUAAGAGGGAAUCCAAGAGCAUUGGGGAGGUUGAAAGUUGCUUGUGAGAAAGCAAAGAGGGAUUUGUCCUCAACCAGCGUGGCUUACAUUGAACUUGAUUGCUUACAUAUGGGAUUCGACUUUUCUAUUACCAUCAGCCGAGCUAAAUUUGAGGAACUAAAUUCAGUGUUUUUCAGAAAUUGCAUUCAACUGGUUGAAAAUUGUUUGAAUGAUGGAAAUAUGAAAAAGGAUGAUAUAGAUGAAGUUGUUCUCGUUGGGGGUUCAACCAGGAUUCCGAAGAUUCAACAAAUGUUGAAGGAUUUUUUUGAUGGCAAGACACUUUGCAUGAGUAUGAAUGGCGAUGAAGCUGUUGCAUUUGGUGCUGCAAUUUUGGCUUCAAGGUUAGCUGGCGAAACUGAUGGUAAGGAGGAUAUGAUCCAGGAUGUGGUCUUACAGGAUGUUACUCCUCUAUCAUUAGGAAUAAAGGCGGGUAAAAAUGGUGAAAUGAAAGUAAUUAUACCCAGGAACACGCCGGUUCCUACAAGAAAGAGGAAAAUAUUUUAUUCGUCUGGCAACAAUUCCGCAAUACAUAUUUUGGUGUACCAGGGUGAAAGCGUCAAUGUUGAGGAGAACUUAUUACUUGGCGAGUUCAACCUAUACGGGAUUACUCUUAGUUCUACUGACGGGGUAGCAGAGAUAGAGAUUUGCUUCAGUAUUGAUGUUAAUGGGAUCCUCCUGGUCUCUGGAAAGGAAAUUUCUACAGGUCAGAAAAAAACAACUACAAUUGCUAAGACCUAAAAUCGGUAUGAGAUCUGAAAGAAGUUAACUAUGUCGUUGGCACACUUGGCUAAGGUCGGAACAUA